AAAUAAUUGUUUAUUUUUUUUUAAAAAAUCGAAAUAAUUUUGUAAAAAAGAGAAAAUUUUAUAUAGUACCCGCUAUAGUAUAAUUUUUUUUUCUUUUUAAAUUUUUCAUUUUUCAUUCACUUUUUUUUUCUUUAGUUUUAUUUCUAUUUUAAUUAUUUUAUUUUUAUAACAAUUUAAUUUAUUUAAAUUUGUUAUAUUUAUAUUUUUUUUAAAAAAAAAAGAAAAAAAAGAAAAAGAAAAGAAAUGGCCUCAAUUAUUAUUGGUUCACAAUGGGGUGAUGAGGGAAAAGGUAAAUUAGUCGAUAUUCUUUCACAAGAAUAUGACGUAGUUGCCAGAUGCCAAGGUGGUGCUAAUGCCGGUCAUACUAUCGUUGUCAGUGGUAAAAAGAUUGCUCUUCAUUUAAUUCCAUCAGGUAUUUUAAAUGAAAGAGCCACUUGCAUUCUCGGUAAUGGUAUGGUUAUUCAUCUCCCAACCUUCUUUAAAGAAGUUGAAGGUCUUAAAGAAAAGGGCAUCAAAUACGAUGGCCGUCUCUUUGUCUCCGAUCGUGCUCAUAUAGUCUUUGAUUUACAUCAAAUGAUCGAUGCUAUGAAAGAACAAGAGCUCUCAGCUGGUAUUUCAAACGAUAGUAUUGGUACCACCAAAAAGGGUAUUGGUCCAUGUUACUCAUCAAAAGCUUCAAGAGGUGGUUUAAGAGUAUGUGAUUUAUUCUUCCCAGAUCAAUUCAAAAAAGCUUUUACCAGAUUAGUCGAAAAUAAACAUAAAAGAUUUGGUUCCUUCGAAUACGAUGUUGAUGCUGAAAUUAAGAGAUAUCAAGAAUUUGCCGAAAAAAUUAAACCAUUUGUUAUCGAUUCAGUUUAUUAUUUAAAUAAAGCAUUCAAAGAUGGUAAAAAAGUUUUAAUUGAAGGUGCUCAAUCAACUAUGUUGGAUUUAGAUUUCGGUACCUAUCCAUACGUUACCUCAUCCGCUUCAUCUGUUGGUGGUGCUUGCACUGGUCUUGGUAUUGCUCCAAAUAAAGUCAUCACUCAAAUUGGUGUCGUCAAAGCCUACACCACUCGUGUUGGUGCUGGUCCAUUCCCAACUGAAUUACAUGGUGAUUUCGGUGAAGCUCUUCGUAAAGAAGGUGGUGAAUACGGUACCACUACUGGUCGUCCAAGAAGAAUUGGUUGGUUAGAUGCUGUUGUUCUUCGUUACACUUCAAUGAUCAACGACUUUACUAAAUUAAAUCUUACCAAACUCGAUGUCCUCAGCAAAUUAGACGAAAUUAAAAUUGGUGUCCAAUACAAAUAUAAUGGCGAAAUCUUAGAUUCAUUCCCAGCUUCAUUAGAAGUCUUAGCUAAAUGUGAAGUCGUUUAUGAAACUUUACCAGGUUGGAAUUCAAAUAUCUCAAAUAUUACCAAAUAUGAAGAUCUUCCAAUUCAAGCUCAACAAUAUAUCGAACGUAUUGAAAAAUUAAUUGGUGUUCCAGUUUACUGGAUUGGUGUUGGUCAAGAUAGAGCUUCAAUGAUUAUUCACGAAUCUAAUUAAUUCAUCCUCACAAAAUAAUCACUUUUAAUUUAAUAUACACAUAUCACAAUCAAAAUAUUUUUUUUAUAAACUAUCAUUUAUUUUGUAUCUUUCACCUCUCAAAUAAACUCAUUCGUUUUUUUUUUUUUAAACAAUGAGGUAAUCUAAAAAAUAAAAUUAUAAAAAGUAAACUUUAAAAAAAAAAA